AGGGCACCCGCGGUCCUUCCCUGCGGCUACUGCUGGCGCCCUCCCGCCGGACAUGCCGUUCGUAGAGCUGGACACGAACCUGCCCGCCGACCGCGUGCCCGCGGGGCUGGAGAAGCGGCUGGGCGCGGCCACUGCCGCCAUUCUGAGCAAACCCGAGGACCGCGUGAGCGUGACGGUGCGGCCGGGCCUGACCAUGGUGCGGGGCGGCUCCACGGAGCCCUGCGCGCAGCUGUGCGUCUCCUCCAUUGGCGUGGUGGGCACCGCCGAGCAGAACCACGGCCACAGCGCGCGCUUCUUCGAGUUCCUCACCAAGGAGCUGGCCCUGGGCCAGGACAGGAUAUCUAUUCACUUUUACCCCCUGGAGCCUUGGCAAGUUGGCAGACAAGGGACAGUCAUGACAUUCUUAUGAUUGGCACGGAGAGAUCCAGGACAGCUGUGAGCUGGCUGCCUUUUCCAGAGCUGCCCCCUGAUGGGGUGGGGGUCUGGGGAUGCCAGCUUUGAGAGCACCCCCCACCCAGGCAGCCCUGCCUGUGACCUCACCCUCCUGACAAAUAAACGAAGAGAGAGCCUCAUGGUUCA